AUGGGCAGACUUGAUGGUGAACGUCUUGAUAUAAGACACUGUGAAACCCUUGAAGAUGUAUUCAAGAGAGUCCAAUUCAAAGUGAUAGAUUUGGAAAAUGCUAACUUAGAAGAUGAGAGUGCCAUUGCUCUGUUUGAUAUGUUUGAAUACUACGAGUCUACAAAGAAGCUCGUUCUUGCAUCUAAUAGAAAUAUUGGUCCUAGAGGAUGGCAAGCUGCUGCUAGAUACUUGAAAAGAACUGAAUCGUUGGAAUGCCUUGAUGUGAGGAAUUGUAAUGUUACAGAGUUAUCUAUGCCUGUAAUAGGAAGAUCUUUACGUGUUGGUACCACAGUCUCAUCUUUACAUCUUGAGAAUUGUAACCUAUCGGGAAGACCAUUCUUUGUUUUAAUGUCAUCAUUAAAGAUGAAUCAGACGGUCAAGGAUUUGUUUCUAGCUGAUAACCGCCUUGUUCCCUCUGAUGCCAUCCAAAUGUCAGCCAUGUUGAAAUUCAACUGGACAGUAAAAUUAAUUGAUCUCAGGAACAACCAUAUUCAGAAUGUUGGCGUUGCUCAUAUCUGUGACGGUUUAGUAGAACAGAAGGAUGACGGUCUUGGUACUUUAGUUCUAUGGAAUAAUGGUAUUACACAUGUUGGCAUGGCAGAACUAGCCCGAGCCUUGCCGGAGUGCAAUAAUUUGGACACCCUUAAUCUUGGUCACAAUGUCCUCACUGAUGAAGGCGUUUUACUACUAAAAGAUGGAUUACUGAGGAAUGGUUCAAUUUUAAGACUAGGACUAGUCAACACAAGAAUCACAUGUGAAGGUGCCAUAGCAUUAGCUGAAUACUUGGCAGACGGCACAAAAUUAAUCAGACUUGAUGUACGUGAGAAUGACAUAAAAACUGGUGGAUUGAUGGCUUUAAUGUUGGCAUUGAAGGUCAAUAGAAGUCUUCUACGAUUAGAUAUUGAUAAAGACAUAAAGAAAGAGACGAUGAAUGGACACGAAGAUAUUCAGAAAAGUUUGCAGGAUGAGAUUGGUAACUACACAAAAAGAAAUAGAGAACUGGCCAAAGAUGAAGAAGCCAAGAACCAAGUGAUUGAAGCGCAGAAAGCUCUUGAAAGGAGUACUUUAAAUCGGUCUAAAGAAGAUGUUAACAAAACAGACAAUUCUGAUCACUUAGCACAGGUGAAUGCAGAUGCUUUAGACAGUCCUGAUUUGGCCGAUGUUACCCAUGCUAUUAACGGAGAGCUGGUCAUUGUAGACAAUGUGCAAAUGCAUAAUGAUAGUCAGGCUAGUGCCUUAGUUUUAUUAAACAGUCAGCAAGAAGGGCAACCUUCUGUUUCACAGUCUUCCAGUGUAGCUGCAGAAUGUACAGUGACAGCUGGACUGUCAUCAGCGAUGGAAGGGGCUUCCAACGGUAAUGAAAAUGGAUUACAAGUUGGGGAUCAAUCUACCUUCUAUGUCGGUAUCAGCAACAAUGAAUAUGUUGCCAAAACUGUGGCGCAACCCAAUGCGAAUAUGGCUAAGGACACGAUGUGUUCUGCAGAGCAAGGAACAAACAUUGAUGCACAGACAGCGCCUAAUCUUAACGAUUUUGAUGACAACAGUGCAAUAACAUUUGUAAAUACAAAAGGAGAUGGAGAUGCCAAAGUGGAUUUUGGCAGCGUUCUUCAUAAUAACACUGAAACUGCUGUGCAAGUGCCUAAUGGAUUACUUAAGAUGCAGAAUGAAUCAACUGGCAUUCCUGUACCAGACAUCAUCCAUGAUAAUGCAGUGCAUGAAAAGAAAGGUUUAUCUACUUCGCCUGAUGAAUUUGAAAAAGAACUGGAUGAGAUGUUGGCCUCUGUGACUGCAGCUAGUUUAGAUGAGGUCACACAACUGCCAAACAUAAUUGUGUCAGAAGAUGAAGAUAUAUUUGACAAGUGAGAGUUGAGUACACGAGUCUACAAUUUACAUUGAGAUCACAAGUUGUGUAGUGGUGUAUUUUCUUACAUGCUAUGGGUUCUGAAGAGGAUGUCACCCUCAGCAGGAUCUACUCUAAUUUACUGGAGAUCGUUUCAUAUUUCCCAGAAUCCUUUAUUUUGCUAUAUUGGAUUGUGGUUACUUAUGUAAUAACCCCC